AUGGUAGACAGGUACCCAACUUUCACUAUGUUUAAUAUGUCAGUUAAAAUUAUGAUCUGGAAUGUGCAAGGAGCUGGAAGUCAAGCAUUCUUGACAAUGAUACGGGAGCUAGUUCGAAUCAAUAAACCGACUAUCUUAGCACUCGUGGAAACUCAUAUUAGUGGUGAAACGACGCAAAAGGUGUGUGACCGGAUUGGUUUUUCGGGGCAAUUCCGAGUCGAUGCACAGGGAUUUAGGGGUGGUAUUUGGGUUUUUUGGAGAGAAGAUCUUGUUAAAGUCAGGGUCUUAGACUCACACACGCAACAUGUGACUGUGGAAAUAACGAAGGUGGGGGAAGCUCCAUGGAUUUUCUCAGCAAUAUAUGCCAGUCCUGACUCAUCAAUUAGACGAGAGUUAUGGGAGGCACUGACAAUUGCUCGAAAUAACUUUAGAGGACCCUGGUUGUUAGGAGGUGAUUUCAAUGACACCACCUCGAUGGAAGAAAGGGUGGGCGUUGGUGGAGCAGAAAUGCAGCGUCGAUGCAGAAACUUUGCUAACUGGAUUGAGUCGAACAAUUUAAUUGACUUAAAUUUUGCUCGCCCAAAGUUUACGUGGGCAAGAGGAGAGACUGAGAACACUUACAAGGCAGCUAGACUUGACAGGUUUAUGUGCAAUGAUGAAUGGCGCCUUCGAUUUGAUCAAGGGGCUGUUAGACACUUACCCAAGAGCAAUUCCGACCAUUGCCCAAUAAUAGUAAGUUCGACUGGCUUUGCGCCAAUUCCAGCUUCUAUCAAACCAUUCAGGUUCCAGGCAGCAUGGAUGAACCACGCUAAAUUCGAUAAGUUUGUAGAAACUAAUUGGGACAAGUCAGCCCCCAUCGUACCUUUCCAAAGCAAGUUUGCAGAAAGACUUAGUAAGUGGAACCGUGAGGAAUUCCACAACGUUUUCAGAAAAAAAUCGGAAUUAUGGGCAAGGAUCGAGGGGGUCCAAAAACGCCAAGCUGUUAAAUGGGAACGUAAAUGGGUUAAACUCGAAGCUAAGCUACGAAAAGAGUUAGAUGAAGUACUCCAUGAAGAGGAAAUGAUGUGGUUCCAAAAGUCGAGACUGGAGGCGAUUAAGGAUGGAGACUGA